CACGACUCGUCAACUCAUGUUCGUGGAAGCCCGGAUCGUCUAUUCUUAUCUGUAACACCGGAUCUCUACCUUCAGACGGACCCUCCGACGGCUUUCAGACCUUAUUGAAAACACCAGACCCUGAUUGUGUCCAAAUUCGUUCUGACAAGCAAGCAAACAUCCUGUUCGGGAGUGCAUUGCUUUUUUCGCCUCCAGAUUUAGCAGGUGCUUACCCUGAAGGGUCAAAUCAAGCGACCAACUUACGAUGCCUAAACACGCUUUCUCGGCUGUCACGGUCCAAAUAGAUCGAUUGACGAGCGAGCAAUACGAGGAGAAUGAUGUCGGUGGUAUUGUUGAUCUCAUUGAAGUCAUUCGCAUCCAGGCAUCUGGUCCUACGGAAGCAGCACGAGCUUUGCGAAAGAAGCUCAAGUACGGCAACGUACAUCGCCAGAUCCGCGCCCUAGUCAUCCUAGACGCUUUAAUCCAGAAUGCUGGUACCAGGUUCCAGAAGGCUUUUGCAGACGAGCCCCUUCUCGAGCGACUUCGUAUUCUAGCCAGGGACGACACGGUUGAUGCGGAUGUUAGGCAGAAGGCCAACGUUCUAUUUCGAGGAUGGGCUGUUGCAUACAAGGGAACGCCUGGACUUGAGCGAAUAGCAGCACUACACAAAGAACUCCCUCGUACCAAGCGUCCCCAACCACAGCAAUCUCGAAUUGUGCGACAGCAAGACGCCGAGGCCGCACGUGAGCGCGAGGAUAACUCGCCCUCUCCUCCUCGAAACAGGCGGCCGGAGCCACAACAGGCGUCAUCGUCAAGAACCAGUACACCUAUUGUACUCGGCGCUGGUACUCCUCUCCCAACCACCUCACUGUUCAGUAGAAACAAGAAAGACAAGAAGAAGACCAAAGGCCAGCCAUUCAAUCUGGAGAGGGAGAAAGGACAAAUGCUCGAAACGAUGGCAUCGGCAAACGUCGCUAGCACAAACUUGCUCAAUGGAUUGCAGCUCAUCAACCGUGAGCAAGAGCGGGUUAGCGACAAUCCAGAAGUGAUGCGACGUUUCGAGACCUGCAAGCAGCUUCGUCGCCAAAUCUUGCGUUAUAUCCAUUUGGUUGAGUCAGAGCAAUACAUUGGCGGUCUUCUUAAUGCCAACGACGAGCUAGUCAAGGGUCUCAUGGCAUUCGAAAUCAUGGACAAGAGCAUCGAUGACGACAGUGACAGCGACAAUGAAGAGGGCAACGUAUCUGCUGCUAUGGCCAGCAUGAACAUGAACGAGUCGGCUCCUCCAAAGCCACCCCGGCCAACGAGCAUCCCUAUGCCUCCUCAGCGUGUCGAGCCAGACAGUGAGCCAGAGGAGGAUGAGGAUGACCCGUUCGGAGACAGCAACGCUGUCAAAACGCCAUUCGCUGAGAAGAGCCAGCCGACUUGGAGAGACGUCUGAGAUAUCAAGCGCCAGACGCGAACAAGACCUGCAUGUUCACGGUGAGACACGGUAUUGGGCUUUCCUCAUCUCAUGUUCAGCAAUACCCUUUUCGUAUAGUUUUACCAUCUAGAUAUAUGAUAGAUUCAAUGCACGUUUACAU